AUGGAGCGGCGUAAUGAAGGUGGUCGUGUUGUUGCGUUGGAUGAAGCACACCAAUUUCUAACUACGAACAGCCGUGAAGCAAUCACCCUCACGGAUAACUACACUAUUGUCACACAUUCGUUAGCAGAGACACCUGGCGACCCGGCAUGGUUCGCGACGCUUCGUGGCCAUCUCGCGGGCGCAGUGCUUGACGAAAGCAAGCCGAAGUACAGCUCCGACAAUAUCUUUUUCCAGAAUCGUGACCCUGAAGACCGGGGAGGUCUUGGUAUUUUGCCCAAGCGCGAUAUUGGGCACAGAAGCCUGGGACGAAUCCAAGUCAUCGCUCAUAUGGUAGGUUUCGAACGGCGGUAA